AUGUUAAAAUGCCCAUUUUUACCAGAAAACGCUGAACAUGUUUAUUUCUUCCGCCGAUGGAGUCGGGAUGACUUCAGAUAUUAUGCGCCUUGGCUUGAGACAGUAUAUGAAGUAGAACCAUGGAAUAAUGUAUUAACAGUAAAUAACCAAGAUGACAACAAACCAGAAUUUGCUAGCGGGGAGGAGUACCUCGGUUGGUUGGGUCGGCAAUUACCAUGCCUCCAGCCAUUUUUGCCACAGAAUGCAGAACAUUUCUAUUUUUGCCGUCGUUGGAGUCGGAAUGAUUUAAGAUAUUACGCGCAUUAUCUUGACACGCAUCUUGAAGAAGACAUCGGGGAAAGUUUGACAGGUGAAAAUGAUGAAGAUGACAUUAAACCAGAAUCUGCAGCUGCUAGUGGGUUAUGUCGACAGCCACCAGGUCUAGAAGAGGAGAAUGAAAACAAAGAAUAUAUUAAGGAAUGCUGUGUCAAUGGCCAUGAUACAGACACAAAGGAGUUAGAAGAUGAAGUGAAUCCGUACAUCAAGUUGAUGUUACAGCCUACUGUAUUCUAUGUGGAGGUCUUAAUGACACAGAAUCCGUUGUCAUUGGUUGAAAUUUGCUCUAAAAGCAUCCCCACAGAGCUGACAAGAGACAUGAGUCGCUUUGAAGAUAAGACAACUCUCAGUGAUUAUGAACAACCAACAGAACAGAAAUGCCAGAAGGCUAGAAAAUGGAAUUCGUCUUUCAAGUUCAAGUUCUUACGCAGAAACAGGAAGGAUAGAGAAGACAAGAAGAGAUCUCCUGGUUUCCUCUCCCGGUUUUUUCGUUAGACUUCUCCAUCUUUGAACUUUGCAUUCUUUAAACCUCGCACCUUUGAAGUUCUUUCACCAUCUUCACCAUUUUCGAAUGCCCCAAAGAAACUUCUACGAAUAGUACCAUAGUGGAACAUGUUUUAUACUUUUUUUUGGAAUGAACCUGCCGGAUCAGCUAUUAAUUCAAAUGAAGCUUCAUCUAUUUAU